AUGAGUAUCGCAUCCACUCUUGAGCAGCACGGCAUCCUGGCAGCGUCAUAUUUCUGGGACAAGAAUCGGAGAGGAUCGGGCUUGGAUUCUAUUGAACAGUUCCCCUCUACCCUUGCCUGCCAACUUGCAUCAUUCAACGAGGACUUCAAAUUGUCGCUCGUCAGACAACUUCGGAAACCGGAUUUGACCUUGUUUCAGGAUUUACCUCUGGAAAAACAAAUGAAGGCUCUGAUUAUUGAGCCGAUACGCAACCUGAAGGACAUAUUCCCUUCGGGUAAGAAUCGCUUCGUCAUCGUCUUGGACGGUCUUGACGAGUGCGGGAAUCAGGAGGCACUGGAGUCCCUGAUGGAGCUGGUACUGGCCCUUCAGGAGCUGCCACCUGCAUUUUCUGUGCUAGUUAGUAGUCGUCCUGAGCGAGAGGUCAUAUCAGCUUGGUCUAAGGCUCGGACCGUGGGACAUGUCAUACCAUCCGAAGAUGUAGACAAGAUAGAACACGAUGAAGGUUUCCAUACAGUCCGCUGUAUGGUGAAAGAUCGCCUUCAGGGCGUUAUCAAAAAUUCUUCAUGGAAACCAACGGAGUGGGAACUCAAUGCUUUUUCCCGGGCUUGUCGUGGGUUACCCAUUAUGGCAUCGAUCCGAAUUCGCGAUGUCUGCCAGCAGGCACGGCGUGGUCGCACCCCACAAUUAGCUUUCCAGAACCUGCUCAAUCUUGCUGAUACACCUGCCGACCUUGGAUGGGAGUACUUGCGAAUCCUUCGUCAAGCCUUUGUGCUAGAUUCGUCUGGAAUUCCCCCCGAUGUGGCCAAGACGUAUCGCUUAGUAGUCACGGCAAUUCUGGCGGCCCAUGAGCGGAUGAGUGUUUCUUCCAUGUCACAAAUAUUUGAGAUUAGCGAGGAUGAGAUCUGUGCAACAUUGGAACCAAUCAGCUCAAUCAUAAAUCUUCCCUCGGAGAACACAAAGGAGAUUACCUUCUAUCACGCAACGGCAAAAGAAUUCAUAACGGGGAAACCAAUUGGUGGUGAGGAGGACAAAGUAUUCUUUAUUGAUGACAUGAAAGGAUACUCCCUCGGAUUACCGCUCCUUCGACUCUUCAACAGCUAUUGUGAGCAGAAUGUGUUUGGUAUACCCACCGAUCCUCCUUUAGGAGAUGAAGGAAAAUGGAAGGAAUUUAUUGCAAAAAAGGUGGAUUAUCGCAGCCGCUUCUCCUAUAUCAUUAAUUAUUUACUCGAGCACUUGGACCCCUCGCAACUGUUUUCGCAAGAGUCCAGUGAAUUACAAAACGAGUUCAAUUCCUUCAUUACACAAAACUACGUGUUGACAUGGAUUCACUUGCACGAUCCUCGUCAGCGACCUCUUUUCUAUUUAUUUCCUGAAGAAUUACUUCAAUUUAAUAAUCACGAUUCAACCCAACUUGGCCAUCUCUCUGAUCCUGUUCGGAUCUUCUCCGCUUUUGGCGAGUUCUCUGGUGGCAUCAUCCCAUUAAGUGCGGAUUCACGCAGGGCGCAAGGAGUCAUGCACUCCAAGUUGAGUGAAUUACCGAAGAAAGUUGACGGACAUGGAAACAAGGCAAUCAACUAUGACGCUGAAUUUCACGAACCUGAUGUUCGCAAUGGCAUUGUGACGUGUGCCACACUCUCCCUUGAUGGUCGCUAUGUUGCACUAGGGUUUGGCAGUGGCAUCAUCGAAGUUGCCGAUAUAGAUCAUCAGCGUACAAUCUGUCGGUUGCAGCCUGAUUCUGCCAAUAUCCCCAUCUGGAUCGAAUUUGUCAAUGGCAGCCACCGAGUCGCUACCGAAGAUAUUGAUGGCCGCGUAACAGUCCUUGGUGAUGAUAUGACCGCUGUAAAGCUCGGCACUCUUCCCACUGGUGACUAUCCUGCCGGGACUGCCGUCUCAAAUAAUGGAUUGUUUGUCAUACGAGUCCCACGAAAUCUCGAUAACCCUUGGUACGACAAGAUGAUGCUUAUAUCUGUCUCAAGGGAUCCAGCUAUCCGGUGCCUCGCAUCUCCUCCUUCCGAAAUGUCUGCAUCCCCAUCGUGCUCUUCCGCCCUGUUCUCCGUCAACUCUUCGCCCCCAUUAUCCAUCCCUCACCGUCGGACAUUCGGUUUUUCUCCAGGAGCACAAUAUGUUGGUGCUUUUGAUGGGGUCUAUGCCGUUACCUGGUCGACAGAAUCAUUACAGUGCAUUGCGGGUUAUCGGGUGACAAACUUCAAUUAUUGGAUUAUUAAUUCCUCUAUCCCUCCAACUCACUCAUACCUCGUCCCUGAUCCUAUAUUCACUCGAGCCACUCUUCCCUUAGUAGGAGGUGACACGGCUUAUACACAUCACUCCGAUGCGACUGUAGGGCAUGACUCUGACGAGUCGUGGAUCAUGCACCCAUUUUACGACCUCUCGCCAAGCAACUCAGAAAAAAGGGUCCACCGUUUGCCUGCCGCAACGAGAACUCCACACAUCUAUUCCUCUGAGUCAUUGUGGGCCACUGUGCACCUAAAUGGUAGGGAAGAACUCGACCUCCCACCGCGCUACGGACCCAUUGAUUCUAAGGAAGCUUGGUACGGCCAUCGAGUAACGCCUGAUCCUCUGUACCUCUACCGCCCCCAGUCCAACAGGGAUGGAACUCGAUUUUUGGUCCAGGGCAAGUUACGGGCCCCAAUUAUCAUCGAUAUUAGCCAAAUUGUUUAG